AUUGCCUAAGAAAUUUUGAAUGAGAAAAAAUAGUCAAGGGAACGUGUCCACUUUCGUUGGUGAUAGAAAGAUUGGGCGGGAAAAAUGAGAGAAAAAUCCUAAUUUUCACUCCAAAUUCGCUCAUCAAUUCCCUAUUCAGGUUCCCUUAGUCCCAAUUUCCCAGAAACCCUAGGCCGCUUAUUCUCAAUUGAAUUUUCGCCUAGCAAACGAGUGAUCAGUUAAUUUACUUCAGGAAUGAGUACUAAUGCUGAAGAUCUUUCUCAAUUUGAUAUAUCUGAUCAGGAGAAGGAUAGACUUGUUGCUGAGGUAAUCCGCUACGUUCUAUUUAAAACUCAUCAAAGCUCAGGAUGUCCGAUCAAAAGGGAUGAACUUACUCAAAUAAUUACCAAGAAUUAUCGACAGCGAGCGCUUCCUGCUGCUGUGAUCGAUAAGGCCAAAGAGAAGCUUGCAAGCAUAUUUGGUUAUGAGUUGAAGGAGCUUCAGCGUACUCGUACAUCCACCAAAAAUCAGACUCGCGGUGCGCAACAGAGUGUUGCUGAUAUGAGAUCAUAUAUUGUCAUUAGUCAGCUGCCUGCCAACAUAUAUCAGAAGUAUGUUGAGGACAUCAGUACAGCACACCUGACUGGUUUCACAUUCGUUGUUGUCAGUAUUGUGCACCUCGCUGGAGGCAAAAUCUCAGAAGAAAAUCUUUGGCAUCACAUGAGACGGAUGGGAUUGCAAGAAACUGAUGAAAAUCAUCCAGCUCUUGGAAAUGUCAAGCUCUCACUGGAGGCACUUGUACUACAGAGGUAUCUUCAUAAGGAUAAAGUUAAGGGCCCUGAAGGGAACACUGUUAUGUAUGAGCUCGCUGAGAGAGCAUUAGACGGUGAAGUCAGCCAGAAAAUUAAAGACUACAUAUCACAGAUUGUGAAUAAGGAUGUUGGGACUGUUGAACUUGAUGAUGAGUGAACUUGGCAAACUUUGUUAAAAGUUUCGGAAUCGAACCUAUUGAAGACUGAUUUGCAUGCAAGCGAACAAAUUGGAGGCACAGGUUGAAAUGCUGCUAGAAUUUUUGGAUUAUGUAAUUCAUCUAGUUUUAAGGUGGAAUAUCUGAUAUUUUGCCGAUGGAUUGGAGUACUUGCGUAUUGAGAGAAUUACUGGAACUUGAAUCUUGGAGAUCAAUUUUAGUGUAUGAUAAUUCAGAUUACAUACUAACAAAGCUCUCAUUAAGUCGUUAAAGCACGUUUCCUCUCCCUUUCCAUUUGUAAGAUUGUUCAUGUGAAUGCUGCAGUCCUACAGGUUUAAUGAAAUUGGGGGGGGGGGGUCAUUUUUCCUCCCAUUUACCGUAUUACAUUCUAUUUUCGAUACUAGUUUAGUAGUUUUAGAAUGGUUGAUAAUUUGAGCAGAGAAGUUUCACUUUUAUUUUUGUUUGCAUUAUAUACUUCUUUGAGUACAUUCAAUAUACAUCCAAGGCUAUUUUUUGCUCAUUUAAAGCUCUUGCUAUUGUGUAUAUAUCUUCCUCAUAGAAAAUAAGUAUUGGCCAUUUGGUGUAUCAUGCUCAUAUUGCUUGAGGGUUGUACGACAAAAGUUGUAUACUUUUUGGAACCUGUCAGGAGUAGACAGACCUACUUUAUUCAACUUGUUCUGACUAGUCUACUCCAUGCAGCUUGUACUUUAAAUAGCAACGAUUCUGGGGAAUCAGGGAUCAGCAUGAUUGAGGCUUGUUUGAGCUUGCAAGUGAAAGGCAGUGGUUGUGUACUUUAAUUGAAUAUGGUUGGGGAUUUUGUAAAGAGAGAGAAAAUGGAGUGAAGUUGGAAUAUUUGGCGAUCACAAAUUGUUGUUUCAAACAGCAGAUUAAGAACAACUCCAAUGAUAAGCUACAACACCUUGUCCCUUGACUUGCCACGUCAUCUUUUCAAGCAACAUUUCUUUCUAGCUACAUAGUCUCCCAAUAGUAAGCUACAUCACUUUUUAGCUUGUCAUUUUUCUAAAACAUAGAAAUAAAUAAAAGUUUCCACAUGGCA